ACUUCCUGUUGUGGUUUUGUUCUUUCGGUUCGAAUGAAACGAAUUAAAAUCCUAAUAUCUGUAUUAUAAUGCAACGCGGAGGAAGUAAACAAUGAAAUCUUUAAGGUGCCCAUAAAUGGUUAAAGUUCAAUCUUUCGUCUGGAAUUGCUUCCGGUCUCCACGUCUUUGCUUUUGGCAGCAGCACAUGUUUACAGCUGCAGUUUUUCUCUGCUUAAAUUCAGACACUAUAAAUCUAUCAUUUCGUUUGUCUCUGACAUAUUUUAAUGAAUAAAUGUCAAAUAAUCUAGUUGUUUACUUGACCAGUUAAAGCCUUUUCUUAUUUUCAAAUCUCUAUGAACAUUGAGAUAUUAAACGUAUUGAGCAGCGGUGGUGUAAAUAUGUUGUUUUGGAGACACUGAAAAUGGAAAGAGAUUUACUCAGACAGUCAGUGUCGUUUCAUGGUGAAAGUCUGCUUUCACUGUUAAAAUGUGAACAAAGUGAAAAUCCGGACUUUAAACAUGUGGCUGCAGAUCUCUCCAAAGCGCUUAACCAAAGGGAUAAAGAAGAGGGGAGUCCUGUUUUGGAGCAGUUCAUAGCAAGAAAAGCAGAUCUUCUGUUUGCAUCAUCAUGGAAGUCAAGUAAACCUACAGAAGAAUGGCAGGAGGACUCAGAAGAGGCAUAUGCCAUGAUGCCUCCAUUGGAACAGUUUAUGGAGGUGUCGUAUGAGGAGAGGAGGGAGCUUUUCUACAGGGAUGUGGAGCGUGGAGACAUGGUUAUCGGGAGGAUCAAUUCAGUGCGAGACUUCGGUUUAUUUGUGACUCUUCUCUGCACUGGUGGUGGAUUGGAAAGAGAUAUCGAGGAUCUUGAGAUAAAGGCCCUCUGUCCACUGCGAGAUGUGCCAUCAGCUGGAAAUCAUGACGAUCCUUUGUCUUAUUACCAAAUUGGGGAUUUAAUUAGAGCUGGAGUGAAGGAUAUUGACCGCUACAAUGAGAAGUUGACAAUCUCUCUUUAUUCAACCUCUCUUGCUCCUCACCUGAAUAAAGUUAAACUGGGUGUCAUAAGCAAAGAAGAUCUGCCUCUUCAUUAUACUCGGGGUGAAAAGGUGUCCACAGAUAACACUGAGACUUAUGAGAAGCUCUUGGAAAGCUCGCUUGGUUUGUCCAACCCUUUAAAUGUGGACUAUCUCUUGGGAAAGCUGGGAAUAAGUGAUACACAGACUCCUUCACUAAUGAGGGGCUUGCAGAGUAACCGUUUUAAAGAAAAGGAUUUUGCAAUGGUGAUCCGGAAAAAGCAGUCUGUAUCAUGGGCCUUAAAAUGUGUGAAAUCUGGCGUUGACCAUUUUAAAUCUGGUCGGCAUGUGGAAGCAAUGAAUGAGUACAACAAAGCCUUAGAAAUUGACACCAACAAUGUGGAAGCUCUUGUGGCACGUGGAGCACUAUAUGCCACCAAAGGAAGCUUGGUGAAAGCUAUUGAUGACUUUGAACUGGCCUUGGAGAACUGUCCUACACACCGAAACGCUAAAAAAUAUCUCUGCCAGACACUAGUGGAGCGAGGAGGACAACUUGAGGAGGAAGAAAAGUUAGUCACAGCUGAGGGUCUCUAUAAAAGAGCCAUAGUGUUAGAUGACACAUUACAAGAGGCGACAGAGGCUCUGGAGAAACUUCAGAUACGGAUCCAGAAAUCGCUUAAAUUAAAAGAACUGGAAGCUGCCAGAGAUCAGGAAAAAGAUAAGACCGUGGAGACAAGUGCAGAAAAAUUGCGUAAGAUCCUAAAAGAAGAGAAAAGGAUGAAAAGGAAAAGGAAACGAUCGACCUCUUCCUCUACAUCUUCAAGUUCAUCCUCAAUGACUAGCAAUGACUCUCAUUCAAGUAGUCGCAAAAAAUCCAAGAAACGAAAGCACAAACGUCGGCGCUCCUCUCAAAGCAGUAAGAAACACAAGCGGAGAGUGUCGUCUUGUAGCGAUAAAACAGUAGAGGACGAGAAAGAUUGGUUUCCGAUCCCUGCUAACACUUCCGCUUCAUUCAUUAACCAGAAACAAUCCAUAUCCCAACUCAUUAAUGAAAGAGAAGAGACUCAUGUCAAAAGCCGACAGGAAGACAGCAGAGGUAGGUCAGAAGACAAAGGAAAGGACACAACAUUAUCUAAACUCAGCGGUCCUGAUGCGAUUGGCGAUGUUAGAAACCGCCACCGAAAUCAGACAAAGUCUGAGGAGAGACGGGAAAGUUCCAGCACCUCGGAACAGGCCAGAAUCAGGAGGUAUUCCCACAAAUCUGAAAGGCAGUCCAGGGAAUUUUCCACACAGGGUGAAUCUGAACAAGGCAGGAAUGAGAGGAUGGAUAAAGUGGAGAGAAAUGGCCGAGAUCUUGAUGAUGCUAGGAAAAGUUCUGGUGAAACCCAACAAAAAGUGGUUCCUGCCAAUUUGUUGGAUAUUUUCAGCCAGAUUGCAGAAUUUGAGAAGGGAAAAAAGCUGAAAUAAUAAGGGUGACUCAAAAGUGUUACAUUUUUUUUCUUCUUGCUGAUUUCAUAACGUUAUAGUAAGAGUAACAUGCUUUUAGUAUUAUUAAUACUUUGACUUUUGACUUUGACUAUUACUAGCAGGUUUGAACCUUAAGUACAGUGAUUUAAAAUGCAGAUUAUUUUAGAUGAUAAAAAUGGAUUUAUAUUGAAGGUUUUCAUAAUUUCAGGUUUUGAUUAGAUUUAUUUUGUUUACCUGGGUUGUGUGUGGGAUAUGGGGCUACCCUGUCUAAAAAAACUGCAUCAAAACUGUAUAAUAGCCAAAUUUGUGAUGGGAUGGUUUCAGUAUAGUACAGUCACAGUAUUAUAAAUUGCAUUCAGUGUCAUGUUAAUGUACAAAUAAAUGAAUGUAAUGGA